UUAACACUCUAUGAUAUUGCUAAUAUUGAUGGAUGCACGAUUGUUGGUGCUGAACCUGAACCAGACUGGAUCACCUUAGUUAUAAGCAUAAGAGGUAUUACUGGGGAGAUCUACAGGAUUACUCCAGUGAGAAAAGUUGAUAUUGAUGCUUUGAAAAAAGUAGAUCUUGUGGGAGAGGAUGAGAUUCUGGUCCUUACAUGCUACGACGGUAAAAACACGAUUGCCGAGAUGUAUUGCUUAAGGGAGGAAGAUGCAAAGAAAUGGCAACCGGAAGUGGUUAAGUAUCAGCUAAAUAACUUCACCUUUUGCUUACUUCAUUUUAUCGUGAAAACUGUCCUUGCCACAUGGAAACUGAGAAAUGCCUUCUACGGAUUACACCCCAAGAGUUCUGAGUCACAAGCAGAGGAGGAAAAGACGGGCUGUAUCUGCGACGGACACGUAGAUGGAAAUGCCUUCUACGGAUUACACCCCAAGAGUUCUGAGUCACAAGCAGAGGAGGAAAAGACGGGGUGUAUCUGCGACGGACACGUAGAUGGUAUGGAAUGGUGGUGA